AGCCGCACGAACGCCGACUUGGACACGUGCGCGUACUACGGACUGGAGCCGGGCGAGACGUGCUUCAAGCAACGCAGCUGCUACGACUGCCUGAACGUGCCGGUGGCCACCGACCCGGGGGGCUGCGUGCUGUCGCAGUUCGGCUACUGCGCGUCCAUGGUCUUCUACGACUACACGCUGGACUACCGCGUGACGACGGGGCCGAACGCCGACAGCGGCAGUACGACCAACUUCUCGGGGGGACUCUACCACCAGUACCCGUCGGUCAACACGACGUACUGCGAGGCCACCGACCCCGCGUGCCUCGAGUGCAACACCAUCGCCGUCAACUACUCGAUGCAGAACAACUACUUGGCCAAGACCACCAAGUUCUGCCUCGGGGAGUCCGGCUGCGUCUGUGUAUUGAGCUGCGACCCGCUGGUCUGGAAGCUGCGCACGGUCUCGCUGUGCGACGACUCGAACUCGACAUCGGGCUUGGGCUCGGGCUCGGCGCAGAGCUCGGGCUCGGGCUCGUCCUGGAGCCCGUACACGACCAGUCCGUACGUUGUAACGAACCGAGCCAGCAGCAACAGUAUGAGGUACUUGUACUGGCUGCUGGGCAUACCGGUCUUCAUAGUGCUGCUGGUG